AUGGCUUGUGCUAAACCCCUCACCCAUGUGUCUCCCCCACCUCAACUAAAGCUCAAAGAAAAUGCAAUCGAAGAGUGGAAAAUGUUUAAACAGAUGUACUCCAACUACUGCAUUAUAACUGAACUGAGCAAACAUGACAAGGCAUAUCAAAAGGCAGUAUUCCUUCACUCUAUGGGCCCUGCUGGGGUAAAGAUCUUUAAUAGCCUGACCUUCUCUGAAGAUGAUGAUAAAGAUGAUAUCACCCUUAUCACGCAGAAACUUGAUCAUUACAUCAUUGGUGAAGUAAAUGAAACAUAUGAGCGAUAUAUGUUCAAUAAGAGAGACCAAGAAGCAUCAGAAUCUAUAGAGGCUUAUCUAUCAGCUCUCCGUGAACUUGCCAAAACAUGCAACUUUUGUGAUUGUUUACAAGACAGCCUACUUCGUGACCGAAUUGUUCUCGGGAUCCGUGACUCACACACACGUAAACUGCUGCUACAGAAACGCAAACUCACUCUAAAGAUGGCUCUUGAUAUCUGCAGGUCAGCUGAAGCAACCACAUUUCAGCUGAAAUCCUUUGGUGAAACCGAAACUGAGGCUGUCCACAAAGUUAGUGACUGGAAAACUAAGGAUACAACAGCUAAACACACAGGGAAACUCCCCACCAUCACAUGCAAAUUCUGUGCUCGCAAACAUCUGAGAAAAAAAGAACUCUGUCCUGCAUGGGGAAAAACCUGUAGCUUAUGCAAACGAGACAACCACUUCAAGCAAUGCUGCAAGUUCAACAAAGAGACACGCAAAGUUCACGCACUAGAUGACGCCCAUGUGUAUGGCUCUAAUGAAUCAUUAGACUCUAGUGGCACUGAAUCCAUCAACUGUGUAGAGAUUGCUGUCAAUGCUGUAGAAAACACCAAAGGUGCUCUCUUUGCUGAAAUGAUGCUUGAUGGCAAAUCAAUGAAGUUUCAAAUAGACUCAGGAGCUACCGUCAAUGUUUUGCCAAGGAAAUAUGUGACUGAAUCCACAAUUCAACCACACAACCUCACACUUAAGAUGUACAACCAGUCCACGCUAAAAGCUGUUGGCAAGACAAAAGUCAUCUUGCGCAACCCCCAAAAUAAGAAGAAAUACAGGGUUGAAUUUGUGGUGAUUGAACCAAACUCCUUCACUCCCCUCCUUAGCCGCAAUGCUGCUGAACGCAUGUCACUGAUCACGGUCAACUAUGACAACUUCAGACUACUGCACUCAGUAAACGUCACAUCCACUGAAGGCAUUCUUGCAGAAUAUGAUGAUGUAUUCAAAGGCAAACUUCCAGGCUCUCUACCAGGAUUAGUCCACCUCCACAUUGCAGAAGACGCAAGACCAGUGCAAUGCUCACCUAAGAAAGUACCAGUGUCACUAAAACACAAAGUCAAGACAGGACUAGCACAACUGGUUAAAGAUGACAUUCUUGCACCAGUUGAUGAACCUACUGAAUGGUGUAGUCGCAUGGCAGUGACAGCAAAGAAAACCUCAAAUGAUCUACGAUACUGUAUCGAUCCCCGUCCACUGAACAAAGUACUACAAAGAGAGUUGUACGAAUUGCCCGUUAUGGAAGACAUCUUACCAGAACUUUCCAGAGCUAAAAUUUUCUCUAAACUGGACCUCCGAUCUGGAUAUCUACAUUGUGUGCUUGAUGACCAAAGUAGUCUGCUCACUACCAUGAUGACACCGUUUGGCAGAUACAGAUGGAAAAGACUCCCAUUUGGUCUGAAAGUCAGCUCUGAAAUAUUUCAGAAACGCCUCCACCAAGCGAUUGCUGACCUUGACGGCAUUGAAUGCGUUGCCGAUGACAUCAUUGUUUUUGGUGUUGGCGAUACAACCGAUGAGGCAGAACAGAGCCACAAUGCAAGGCUAAAACAACUCCUCCAGAGAUGCAGAGAAAAAGGCAUCAAACUCAAUGGAGAAAAAUCUGAGAUCAAAUCUCAAAGCAUCACCUUCCUAGGACACGUUGUCACCAGUGAAGGUCUAAAAAUUGAUGCAAAAAAGGUUGAAGCCAUCACCAAAAUGAGUAAUCCCACCGCUGCCACCAUGUUUCAAUAG